AUGAACCUCCUCAGCUCCCACUCAAGCUCCGUCGGCGACCUCUCAUCAGCCGACGCAGCCAAGUACGAUCACCAAAUCAAGCUCGUCGAUCACACAAAAGCCGAAGGAGACGAGGCCGCCGCUCAAACCGACUCCGACCACGAGAAUAUCCUAUCGCAGGAGUCGAGCAACGUGUCGCUCUCGCACAAGCUGACCCGUGGCUCGCUGAGGAAGCAGGUCGCGCAGCGCAAAUACAAAAAGUGGCAGGACAGCAGCAUACCCGAAGGCGCCGAAGGCGAAGCCGCAGCCGGAGCUGGCGCCUCGAAGGCCGCGAUAACAGUCAACACCAAACAAGCCCAGGCCGCCACCGACGAAGUCGACCAAGCCUCCGAAGAGGCCCCCACCGGCAGCGACACGACCCUCAAGCGCGCCCAAACCAAGCUCCAGCGCGGCGGGCACCGCGUAAAAAGCGUGCUCCAGCGAAAGCGAGCCUCGAAAACCCGCAUCGACGCCGACGCCGAGAUCGACAUCCUCUACGAGAACCAGCGCGGUUCCUUCUUCUUCGGCAUCCCGCUAUUCUCGCACAACAGCCUCUUAAACUUCGACCCUUCGCCCUGGGUAGACGCGAGGUACAAGCCCUCAGCCGUCAACAUCACGAACGCGCAGGUGCCGGAUCCGAGCUGGGAGUGGGCGUGGAAGAGCUGGUAUGUGGACAUGAGCCACGACGUUGAUGAGGAGGGGUGGCAGUACAGCUUCAGCUUCCAGAAAGGCUUCAGCUGGCACGGGACACAUCCGUGGUUUCAUAGUUUCGUGAGGAGGAGGCGGUGGCUCAGGAAACGGGAGAGGAGGCAUGGACAUCGGGUGGCAGAUAUGGGAGCGAAGACGAUGAAGGAGGCGCAUCUGCUUACGGCGGAGUAUUUUACUAUUCAUCCGACUAGGACGAGGAGUGGGGUGUUCAGCAUUACGAGCAGUGAGGCGGAGCAGAGGUCGCAGUCUAUGGGUGGGCUAGGAACUAGGAUCGAAGAUGUGGAGCCGGUAGAGGAGAUUAGGGACAUUCCUACGCUCAUGCGGAGGCUAAGGAGAGCAGCGAUUGAUCGGGAAAAGAUACUAGCCGUUUGCGGAUUUCUCGAACAUGGUGGAGAAGAGCUGUAUUACCUCGCGGAGCAGAUGCCCGCCAUCAUGUCUAUGCUCAUCUUCCAGACCUCCCGCCGCCAGCUGCUCGGCAUCUUGAUGGAACGUUUCGAGGAAGCCUCGCAUCACCGUGACGAGCACGUCGAACGCGGCGAAACAGAAGACGAUACAGAGAAGCGCCUCAUCGACAAUCUCCUGAAGGCUCUUGAAGCGGCUGACAAUCAGGUCAAGACGCUCGAAUACUGGAGCGACAUCCGCGACAUAGCGCGAGAGAGCGAUACGCUGAGCGCUGUGGGUUCCGGGCACGGCUGGGGACAUGAGUGGCAAGGCGUUCAUGGCAGUGGGCCGGGAAGUCCAGGCGGGCCUAGUCCUGUUCAUCAUGAUGACGACGAGGAAGCUGAGUCUAGGUUCAAGGGGAAAGGUAAAGGGAGGGAGACGAGUCCUCUAACUCAGGGCCAGGAUCAGGAUCAGGAUCAGGAACAGAAGAAAGUUGGGAUGGUUUCGCCGAAUCACCCUUCAAAGUACGAGCACGAGAUCUCCAGUCAUGAGCGAGACGCUGAGCUCCCGCCGGCAGACAAGCCAUAG